UUACUGAAUAUUUUUUCGUAAUUUUAAUGUAAAAAUGAUUAAUAAGAAUAUUUAAUUUCACGAGAUGGCGCACAAUAAGCUUCAUUUUAUACCGAUAUUUUUAGAAUUGUCAAUCUUUUGAAUAGCUUGAAAUAAUCGAUGACGUACAUGUGGAAUCACAGUUUAUGUUCAAAAUAUUAUACGUAUGAAAUUGAAUGUGUACAGGACCUGUGCUUUUACAUCUUCCUCGUGUAUUCCAUAGUAAAAGGUUAUUAUUAAAAACGAUCUUCCAAGUUUUAACUAUAAACCUUAUUGAGAAGAUCCUUAAUUCGUUUAUGAACAGGAAAUAUAUAUACAUUAUGGAGAUAUCAAAAUUUAACACAAACAAUACCUUAAAUUAUAUAUAUGCAGUACAGGUGUAAUAUAAGAUCGAUAUAUAACUACAAAGUUUAAAAAGAAGCAAAAUAAAACAUACUUGAUGGACAUAGUGAAAGAAAUUGUACAAAAUUUGUACAUGUUAUUUUGGAUUAUUUACUGUAAUCAUGAUGAUGUUUGAGUUUUUAAAAAAAUUAUUUGGAUGGGCGGACGAAGGAUCUAGGAAGCGUAGAGCCGGUUCUUAUGGCUUUGAAAAGGAAUUUGUAACACCGAAGAAACAAUGUUGCAAUCAUAAUACGACUCAUACUGAAGAAGAAUACUUUGAAAUUGAUGAUAGUGAUAAUGAUGAUGUUGAACUUGAUACUGAAAGCAAAUAUUCUUCUAAAAAUUCAUCUAAUAGACUAAAUGGUGCUCAUAAUAAGAAGUGUUAUUCAUCUUUUGAAAAUUUACCUUCAACUUCCAUUUCUAAAUCUCCUUUUUCUACAACAAAUUGUAAUAAAUUAAACAUGGGAUAUUUUUCGAAUAAAGAAAACAAAUUAGUAAAAGUAAACAUGGGCAAUUGUCCUACGCUUCUAAAUACUCAUCAAUUAAAGCAGAAAAAUCAAUAUGGAGAAUUGUUGCAAAAUUUUCUUCCACGUAAGAAACUUAACAAGUCUGAUGAGCGUCAACCCAUACAAAAAUGUAUGAAAGUUAUUGAAAUAGAUAAAGUUAAUAAGUCACCUCUGUGUAAACCACAAGCUAAGUCUAACAUUUCACAAAUUGCUUGCUAUUCAAGAUGGUCUUUAUUAAAUACAGUAAAGAAAGAAAAGGAGAGAAUAAUUCCUAUAGUAAAAGAAAAUAAAAAGGAAGACCCUUUUCAGUUACCACCCAAUGAAAUACGAUUUAACAAAUAUAUUAAACAUCCAAUCGUGAAACCUAUACAAGAUAAUUAUAUUGAAACUAUAGAAACUAAUACAUUACGUGAUAAACUAGCAGCAAAAGUUGUAACGAGAGGAGAUUUUGUUCCACAAGUAGCAAAACGCUAUAAUGAACGUAUUGAACAACAUAAUAAAGAAGCUGAAGAGCUUAAAAAGAUGAUGCUUGUUUUAUCAAAACAAAAUCAAUUAGCACGAGAAGCAGCUUUGGACGAAAGGUUAGCACGUUCUACAAGAUUAUGUGAAGUGGUAUUAGAUGAAACAGAAGAUGAAGAAUAUCCACCAUUACCUUCUCUUACAGAAGAAAUGUUAAAGGAAGUUAAAAAUGCUUUUAUAACUAAACCUCCUGAUGAAGUUCUAGUAGAAGCUUAUGGAUUGAGGAUAACAAGAAAAGAUAUUAAUACUUUGGCAGAUCUAAAUUGGUUAAAUGACGAAGUCAUCAACUUUUACAUGAAUUUGUUAAUAAGUAGAGGAACAAAUGAUAAGUUUCCCAAUGUUCAUGCAAUGAAUACAUUUUUUUAUCCAAAAUUGCUUUCUGGUGGACAUUCAUCUUUAAAACGAUGGACAAGGAAGAUUGAUAUAUUUGUUCAAGAUAUUAUAGUUGUUCCUAUACACUUAGGUAUUCACUGGUGUAUGUCAAUAAUUGAUUUUAGAAAUAAGUCUAUAUGUUAUUAUGAUAGUAUGGGCAGCAGUAAUCCCAAGUGUUUGUCAGCAUUAAGACGAUAUCUUGAAGAAGAAAGUAUGGAUAAAAAGAAAAAAACAUUUGAUACAAAUGAUUGGAAAUUAGUAUCUGUAAAGAACAUUCCACAACAAAUGAAUGGGAGUGAUUGUGGCGUAUUUUCCUGUAUGUUUGCAGAAUAUAUAUGUGCAAAUAGAAAAAUAACAUUUUCUCAGGAGGACAUGCCAUAUUUUAGGAAUAAAAUGGCUUAUGAAAUAUUAAAAAAUAAACUUCUGUAAAAAUAAAAAAAAAACAAGUAAUUGUUAUAAAUUAAAUAGAAGCACAAUAAUUUGAUUCAUAUGAAAAUAUCAUGAUCGUAUUAUAAAAUGUUUUCAUUAUUUCAACAAAUGUACAUGAAUUAUAAAUUUGGAGUUAAAAUAAUCAUUACUGAAAUGUGAUAGUAUGUACAUUAUUUAAUACUAAUGAAGUCCUCUCUAUUAUCUUUAUUCAUUUAAUGAGAACAUAUAUAACAUGUGAGAAAGCAAAUAUAAUUGAAUCAUAAAAAUGGAGUUACUCUGAUAGAUAAGUCAGCUUAAGAGUGUUUUGUAGAAAUUAUUUUUCGUUAAUUAACCGUACACAUAAAUAGUAAUAUUACUUAUAUAACAAAUAACACAUUUAGUUAUUUAAUAAACCAUGAACAAACUGAAAA